AGAAUGGAAUCCGAAGCAACGGUCCUCCCUCGGAACAUUUGAACGAAUGAAAAUCAACGGACAGCCAACGGCGAGGGUUUGUUUUCGCCAAAUUAUUGCUAAAAAAAUGUUACGAAAGGCCUAAAAAUAUCCGAGUUACGUCGAUCCCGGUGUGUCCCCAACAUAAACGUGAAUUCCGUUCAAGUUUCUACUUUCUGCUAUACGGAACUUGAAGCACGCGCGCGCGUGGACAUCUGUCGUCUGCUCGACUGUCACUUCAAUCCUCAUUAAGAAUGAUUCAGUCGUGAGAAAGUGUAUUCGAGAUUAUUUUACGGAAUGGGUGAAUCGAAAAUUUUCUGACAUCUUGCCACGUUGGAUAAGGGAUUGAAUCCUCAUCGAUUCCACAGCAAGAAAAAGAAUAAUUCAAUAAUCUGUGAAAAUCGGAUCCUGUUCUGAGACGAAUACAGAAUGAAUAAUCUUCACAUUUUCUUUGCGUCAAUCGCAUUGAUGGUAACUUUGGUAACUGCGGAAGACAUAGAAAGCUCCAAGCUAUUCAUUCUUCCAAUAACUCCGGAAUCAUUCAACUGGGGCAUCGAUGGGAAAUACGAUCAAUUCAUUUAUCAACCGUCGUUGUUGAACUCUCCAGAUCUACCACCUUGGAUUCAUUAUACGUACAGUGAGAUAAAUCACAAUGGUUUCUUGUACGGGGUUGCACCACCCGACCAAGCAGACUUUCAGCUCGAAGUUAUUGGACUGAAUAAGUUCACCUACGAAACAAGGUAUAGGAUCAUGGAUAUGAACGUCAAGAAGAAGAAGAACCCAGCUAAGAAUGAAGUGGAAUUGAAAAUUGAUAACUUAAACGUCGACGACAUGUUCAAUAGCAAUCGCACCCAGAAGCUUUUGGACAUUUUUAAAAAUGAAUUAUGGAAAGAUGCUUCGGACCUUUACUUCACGUUUUUGGCAUCUGCUAUCGAAAUGGGAGCUCGACUUCCUCUAAGACCAGGAGAAGCUGAGGGAGUCGUUCUGAGACUGGGUAGCUCUGCAUCAUUCUCAAUGGAUAUGCACGCGCUCCAAGAAGAGGUGAAACCGUUAAAAAAACUGCCCAACUGCCCUCGAGAUUUCAAACGAACCUCCGUGGAGAGAUUGUUCAGAUCCGAGGGAUUCCAUUUAGAUUGGUGCCGCUUCAUAUUGAUCGAGGAGGAUCACAGCCUGCAUCAGGAAAGUGCGAGGCGUGACCCCAAUAUGAAUGUUAUUGGGUUACCGUCCUCAGGAAUUUCUGGUCACACCGAAUGGCGAUGGGCAAGACCGACAAAGGCUGGAACACCGAUCCGAAGUUACUUCAAAGAGAUGGUGAUUACGGUCCUCAUACCUGCCGCAAUACUGUUCAUUCUAGUCAGUUUUUUGUCAGCGACACUUUGCUUGCAUCAUGAAAAAGCAACUGAUCCGGAAUCCCACGGAUAUUUCUACGAGUUAUUUAACGUAUGUGUCGAUCGAAAACCGGGUGUAAGUCCAAAACGAGAGCCAACACCAGUGGAGGGUCUUGGGAAUGGUUCCGAUGUUCAGAUGGUCCAAUAUGCAUCUUUACAAAAAGGAACGCUCAGGUCGCUCUCAGCUCAGCCCUCGAGCCCUGGAAACUCGUUGACGCGCAGUCCAAGAACGUCUGUCGAACGAUGUAAUCCAUACGUCCGACCCAAUCCUCCACCUUACAUGGGACCGAACAACUUAGCUGGGAACCGUGCUGAUUUCUGACUACACGAGGAGCCGGCGAAGACAUGGUUUUGCUAAGAGAGGACCGAAGAUUAGGACCUCCGGACAAAUUGAUUCGAACUCUCAUUUUUUACAUAGACCUCUGGUUACUCGUCAGACAAUUCUGAAGUGAUGUAAAAUGGCUAUGAAAAGAAAUAAGAUCAAUCGAUUCGAAAAACUUCAUCCCCUUCGAUCGAUUCCACAACCAUUCGAAACUGGCUCCAAGAUUUGCCUGCUCCGAGGCAAGCGAAGCGAUUUGAUUGACGUGUAUUGUGAUCGUAUGAUCAUGUAGCACUGUGGUAUAGCGGUUAGAAAUUAGAUUACCAUUUAUCGUAACAGUCUUUUAUAACUUAGGCAUCACUAAUUUUCGAGACCAGGACUUCAAAGCUUCGGAUAGUGCCUGGAACCCUUUUCACCCAUGCUUACAGAAGCUUUACAUAAUUUAAAGUAUGUCAAUAUUUAAUCAUAUCUACGUACAUUGCUUUUUCACACCUCAUGAGUGCAACCGCCUUUGGAUCCUGUUGGAAAAUGUCUUCAUUUUUUAGCGGCCAUUUAUCACAGUACUUUGAGUAUUUGAAGUAUGUUCAUAAUGAGGGUAAUUGUAACACAGCAGAUUGUGACCUCGACACAUGGGUCGAAUACUUUGUAAGGUGAACUUAGAAAGUGAUUGUCAAUAUUAUACGUAAACGUGUGUGCAUUAAUCACUGUACUUUGUGCUAAUAAAAUGCAUUACUAGUAAA